AUGAGAAUUGAUAUGGUUUCCGGCGCGUCUGCGCUGCUGUGGUUCGUCGCCAGCGUCGAGGCAUCCAAGCAUGCCCAUCUACACCACUCGAGACAUCAACACGGCAAUAUCCACUCGGUUGCUGAAGCGGGAGCGCCAUUGGAGAAGAGAGGAGGGCAGUGCGAGUUCCCGUCCGAUGCCGGUUUAGUCGCGGUGACUCCGAACAUGAAGAACGCCGGUUGGGCGAUGAGUCCCGAUCAGGCCUGCGAGCCGGGCAACUACUGCCCGUACGCUUGUCCCCCCGGCCAGGUGUCGAUGCAGUGGGAUCCCGAUGCGACCUCGUAUUCCUACCCCAUGUCCAUGAAUGGCGGUCUCUAUUGCGAUGAGGACGGUAAGAUCAAGAAGCCCUUCCCCGACAAGCCGUACUGCCAGGACGGCACGGGUGCUGUGGGCGCGAAGAACAAGUGCAGCAAGCAGGUUGCUUUCUGCCAGACUGUGCUGCCUGGGAAUGAGGCCAUGUUGAUCCCCACUCUGGUCGAGGAAAUGGCUACUCUUGCCGUGCCGGACCUCAGCUACUGGUGUGAAACGGCCGCUCACUUCUAUAUCAACCCUCCUGGCUAUGACACUGAGACCGCUUGUGUCUGGGGUACUUCUGCCAGCCCCAUCGGUAACUGGUCACCUUAUGUUGCUGGCGCAAACACCGACGGAGACGGCAACACAUUCUUGAAGAUCGGAUGGAACCCCAUCUAUCUGGAGCCCGCCACGCCCUUCCGCGACGUCGUCCCAGAAUUUGGUGUCGAGAUCGAGUGCGAGGGCAGCGGUUGCAACGGUCUUCCAUGCAAGAUCGACCCCGAGGUCAACGGGGUCAACGAGAUGAUCGGCAGCUCCUCCGUUGGAGCCGGAGGCGCCACUUUCUGUGUGGUGACGGUCCCCAAGGGCGAAAAGGCCAACGUUGUCGUCUUUGAAAAGUCCGGCAGCAGUAGCGGCAGUGAGAGUUCCCACUCCACAACCGUGGCAGCCUCCACGACCUCGCAACCCAGCUCGAGCAGCACAUCCACCUCGUCCAGCAAAGCGUCCUCCAGCACGUCGACUCGUGCUUCGUCAUCCUCCUCAGAGGCCUCCGAAACAGACGCGAGCUCGAGCUCGAGCUCGAGCGCCACUGUCACACCCUCUGCCAGCGGCGACCUCAGCUCAUCGGCCAUGGCGUCCAGUGCCGGACAAGCUUCGGAAUCGGGGGUAUUCUCGUACACGUACAAGCCUCAUGUGUUCGUCGAGCAGUCGGCCUCGGUGGAGGCCAUGGCAGCGGAAACGGCUGGUUCGGCACAAGCCACUGCCACCCGGACUUCCAAGGAGAAGGAGGGCGGCGCUGCCGAUCUGGCUGUCUCCGUGCUGACUCUAGGGAUGGGCGCGGUGGCGGCGAUCAUGAUGAACCUGUAG